AUGUCAGCCUUUGUUGGAAAGUAUGCUGAUGAGCUUAUCAAGACAGCCAAAUACAUUGCCACGCCUGGAAAGGGAAUUCUGGCAGCUGAUGAGAGUACUGGAACAAUUGGCAAACGUUUGGCCAGCAUUAACGUAGAAAACAUCGAAUCAAACCGCCAGGCGCUUCGCGAACUCCUGUUCACCUCACCUGGGGCGUUAGCCUGUCUUUCGGGCGUAAUCCUCUUCGAGGAAACACUUUACCAGAAAACAACAGACGGCAAGCCAUUCGUGGAAGUUCUUCAGGAAAACAAUGUUGUCCCUGGAAUCAAAGUUGACAAGGGAAUCGUGGAAUUGGCUGGCACAAACGGCGAAACCACCACUCAGGGCUUUGAUUCCCUCGGGGCGCGAUGCGCUCAGUACUACAAGGCUGGCGCACGGUUCGCCAAGUGGCGCGCCGUGCUGAAAAUCGGCCCGAAUGAACCCUCAGAGCUUGCUAUCCAGCAAAAUGCUCAGGGAUUGGCUCGUUAUGCCAUCAUUUGUCAGGAAAAUGGACUUGUCCCGAUUGUUGAACCCGAAAUCCUGACUGAUGGAAGUCAUGACAUUGAGACAUGUGCUGCUAAAACUGAAAUUGUUCUUGCUGCAGUUUACAAGGCUCUGAAUGAUCAUCAUGUCCUUCUGGAAGGAACCCUCUUGAAGCCUAACAUGGUCACCCCUGGCUCUGAUAGCCCUAAGGUUACACCAGAAGUGAUCGCUGCGCACACAGUGACGGCAUUGAGAAGAACGGUUCCGGCGGCCGUGCCAGGGAUUGUGUUCUUAUCAGGUGGACAAAGUGAGGAAGAGGCAACCAAAAACUUGGAUGCAAUGAACAAAUUAGAAGUGUUGAAGCCAUGGACACUGUCGUUCUCGUUCGGCCGAGCUCUGCAGCAAAGCACCCUCAAGACAUGGGGUGGGAAGAAGGAGAAUGUGGAGAAAGCUCAGCAGGCAUUCCUGGAAAGAUGCAAAGGGAAUUCAGAUGCCACAUUGGGGAAGUAUGCUGGUGGAAGUGCUGGUGGAUUGGCUUCUGAGAGUUUGUAUGUCAAAGACUACAAGUAUUAG